AAUUACCUUUCGUGAUUGCUAUUUCAUUCACGUUUUUAAUAAUUUCGGGAUUUAAAAUAAAUGUUUUGUUAAAAGUAUGUUGAAGAUCAUAUAAUGAUCAACUACGACGUCAAGUUUUUAACUUGCGAUGAAAGCUUACACUUAAAAAACAGUGACUUCAAAAGUUUCAAGUAUGAGACAAAGAAGAGAGUAGAUGAAACUGUUUAUGACUCGGGGAAGAGGAGUUAUUGUGAGAAGCGUGGAGGCCUGUGGCGGGUCGCACACCCCCGGCAACUGCGCCAACUGGAGUCUAAGCUCAGAGACAGAAGCAUCAUUACUUGCGAAUGGACCACAGACCAUUUAAUCACCUUAGUGUUCUCCUCAGGAGUUAUAGCAUACCUAACUGUUAAGCCAAACUCUUUAGAUGUCAGUCAGAUCCUUUUUGAUAGGUACUUUGUGGGAAAGCUUUCUGGUCAGAGUAUUACAAAUGUGGCACUUUCCAAGUCAUACAUAUUAGUGACACACAAUGACCGCACCGCAACCCUGGUAACAUUUGGCAAGAACAAUGUCAGUCUUCCAUGUCGCAUUACCGACAGGGACCCACAUAUACAGAACAUAGAACUAGGUGGCAGCAAUCGCAGGACAGAAAGGCACCUAUCAUCAAGGGAAGGCAGCAACUCAGCUAGAUUACUUGUGUGGAGUGUCACGGUGGCUGAGCCAGCACCCUGGAGCCCUGUACUGGAAGACCAUGCUAAUUUACACCUUUAUAGCAUCAAUGGACAUAACAUCAGUUUGACAGCAUACCACCAACUGGAGAAUGAGACAUUAUCAGCAGAACUGUCACAUAAGGCUGAUAAUGUGGUUCACAUUGUAGAACAAGUUACAUGUCAUAAGAACGGAAUCAACUUAGACUGGCUUCGUUACGAAGUGAACCCAGAUGACCAGGCGACAAAGCUAUCGGCGGGUCGCGACAGUGCGACGCACGUGUCGUUGUCUACGCCCGUGCGCGUCGUGCGACGGGCGCCGUGCGACACGCGACUGCUCAUCGCGUGUAUUGACGGGUCGCUACAUGUCGUGCAUUGUGUGGACGGCCUUACGCAUACCACUAGAGCUGGAUUUAUAGCGACGGAGAUCCGAUGGGCUGACGAGCUGAUCAUAGCUGCGGAAGAAGGCGGGAGGUUGCAAUGCUUCGACCGCGCUCUCUCGUUGCUACACCACCACUCCAAAUGUCUUGAUCUGACUUCGUAUCUGCGUGACAGUCGGCGUAUGCAGUUGUUGGCUACAAGGAGCGCUAAGGCAGGCCCUGUCAUCUUAGCGUGCUUCUCUGGCGGCCCUCUCACGCUUCUACACAUCACACACCCUCGACUACUAACGGCGUGGGUGCGAACGAAGCGGUCAUCUAACGCAAUAUCAUUACUUCGCGCGAUGGAUUGGGAGCGCGAGGGCACUCAGUGUCUAUGGGCGGUUAACAUGCUCGUCUGUGAUGCACUUAGGAGUAAAGCUGAGUGCCUGGGCUGGGAGCGCGUGGCGCAGGGCGCGGUGGGCGCGGGGCUGUGCGCGCGGGCGCGGGCCGCGCUGGCGCCGCCGCUGCACGACCUCGCCAGGAAGUUCUUCCACCAUCUGCUGCGCCGCGGUCGCGUGGAGAAGGCGCUGAGCCUGGCGGUGGACCUGCGCGCGUGGGACCUGUUCCGCGACGCGCAGUGCGGCGCGGCGCGGCGCGGACACGCGCAGCUCGCGCAGGAGGCCGCUGCGCUAGCGAGGGAACACGCACAGAACAAUGGGUCCGAGUGUUCAGACUCAUGUUCAAGUUGCAGUUCACACUCAUAUACCGGUUCUGAAGAAGAAACGAGUGGUACAUCAGAGUUAGUGAAAACGAAACCGCCGCCACUCCCUCGCGUGUCACUGCCGAACCACCCCACUCUCAUGCAAGUCCCGAUCACUCACACUGAGACCGUGUCUACCAAUAGCAUACGGCCUAAUCUCCACCAGUACUUGGAGAGAGACAAUACCAUAUGGACCACUGACGUGCGAGACGAUACCUAUACAAGGACCGAGAACUACGAUCGUGAAUAUUCGAAGCCCAUACGGAGUCAAGGCGUCCGGUGGCACAGUAUGGACGUCCUCUCCAACUAUAACGGACAGAAACAGAAGCUACUGACAAUCAAUGAGGCCCCCGCUAGACCUACACACGCUGUCGUAGACAUUAUACCUCGGCCACAUGACGGACUCGCUUCCACACACUUCAAACAUUUGUACCAAACGCAGCUGAGGGAAGAAGCUCCUAACACAUUGUAUCGUUACCACAAUAACAAUAAUUACCAUCCUAGUACAAGUUUGAAAGCGACUUAUCGAAUAGACAGUGACGCAUAUGAGAAGCAAGGCAGUCGGUCCGGCGAAAGGAACAAAGUAAAAUUUUCGGAUACUGUUACCAUAGCUGUUGUUUCAGAAGGGCGCGUGUCGCCGGAGCCGGCGCGCGAGCUGGCGGCGAGCCUGCCGCUGUCGCCGCCGCACAACUACCUCGCCGCCUUCGCCCCGCAGGCGCCGCCCGCGCUGCCCGCCGCCCCCGCCGAAAACCUACAGCAAAAGCCGCCGAAAAUCAAAGUUGUGCAUUUCGGCAUGGUAUAGAGAAACUGCAAUACAUUCCGUUGUUACAACAUUGUGCAAUUAUAGAAAGUUCUUAUUAUUAUUUACCUACUUAUUAGGAAUCCGUCCAGUUUUAGAUUAAGCAUAGCAUUUGUUUUUGAUACUGAAGUAUUGAUUCUAUACUAAUUUAAGAAUAAAGUGUUAUCGAUAAAUUUAAUUGUGAAAAGAUCUGUUUAAAGUGUGAUUCAAUAAUUAAUUGUGAUGAAAUAAUUCUCGAGAUUUCAAGGCAUCUUAUUAAUAGUAGACAAGUGUUGAAUGGCAAUAUCCUGUCAAAGGGCUAUAAUAGCUGUUUAAUUGAAUGUCUAUUUUAACCAGUCGGCUGGAAUUACCCAGAGUUUGUUCUGGUAUUCAUUUCAGAUAAAGGGGAAACUCACGCAUUUAUUAUCUUAGUUAGGAAGAAAGUCUGCAUGGUUGACAUGGUUGUGAAUACAAUUUUCAAAAGAAAGUUAUUAGAAGAAAAAUUAAUAUUAUUGUUUUCAUAAUGUAUUGUUCUAAUAAAUAUAAUUGUAUUUGU